UAUUUCACUCCUAUGUGGAAAUUAUGAGCGGGUCCAAUUGGUCGUUUAAGCUUUGUGCAGAAGAAAUUAUCUUACAUUUUAAAAAACUCAGGGAAGAAACAUCCUCAUUCUCAUCCAGAAUCCAUUACAUAUGCUAAGAGGAGGUAAAAUCUGUAAGCCUGGCUCUAGACUAGCUCAUUAAUGCGACUGAUUUAAUCUAAGGGAAAGCAGAAAACAUGAUAAAUCGGGCUCGUGACCGCCACUUCCAAGCAGCGGUGCUGCAAAAAUUAUAUCCUCCUCAACCUCUUUAUGAUGACGAAAAUCAGCUUCCAUACAGAGAUAACCAGGUGCCGCAGGUUGAGCAAGAUCAAAUAAUUGAAGUAUCUGAGACUGUACGGAAUGUUCCCUCUGAAGAUCAGACUGAUUCCCAUGCCUCAGACUCUCCGAGCAAUUCUGAUGAAAAAAAUGGCCAACAUCUCACAAGGGCACAAAGAAAGAGAAUAAGGAAAAGGAAGAUGAAAGAGGCUGCCUCAAGGUCAAAGAAAUUUGUUGGACCUUUGCUUCCAGACAACCACAUUCAGGAGAACUUUACCUCUGAAACUUCUAAAUGGCUUGAUGCAGAAUGUUCUGGUUCCAAAUCUGAGACAGAAAACACAAUAAUAGAUGCUGUUAGAUCCACUGAUCCUCCUGUUGGAAUAGACUCAGGUUCAUCUACUUGUCAUGGGAAAUUGAAGCAAAGAAGACGUGCAAAAAAAUUGAAGCAAGAGAAUGCUAAAUCAGCUCAAAGGGAAAACUUGAGCAAAGUUUUUAUGGCGGAAUCCUGUGAAACUGGAUAUAUUCUUAAACACCUAUGAUAUGUACUACUAUCAUUUUCACAUCAAAGCCUGUGUCAAUUAAUGCGCUGAAAUAGGUUUGAUGGGUUUCUAUCAUGAUGAUUGACAACUUACAAUUCCUGGAUCACUGAUGAAGAAUGCACAGAUCUGGUUGGAAAUGUGUGGACUUCCUUUGGUUGGCCUUGACUGCAGAAAAUGUGCAUUCCAGGAUGCAUUAUAACAGAACAGAUUAUUCCUGCUUUGCUGGAGAUUGUAUCAAAGAAUUCAUCUAUUAUCCUUUGUCGUUUAAGGAUAACUUAGUAGGCAAAACAUAUGACCUGCAGCUUGCAAAUGAUAAGAAAAUAUCAGAACCAAAACAUCUUGAAACCAAGAGAUGACUUUUUUUAAAUUUUAGAACCCACCAAACAGAAUGAAAAUGCCAAUCAGGUGAUUUUAAAAAAUUGGUUGGCUAGAUGAGUAUGGCUGUAUUAUUUGUGAAAGUUUUUCUUUUGCUUGCACUUUUUAUAAUUUUAUCGGGGAAAAUAGGAUAACAGAUCUAAAUAGC